AUUCUUCAUUACAAACCCAAAAGGCAAACCCCUUGCUCAGGCUUUACUUUUUGGUUCAGUCCCAUAAAACAGUAGAAAAGAGUGGCUCAAAAGAGAAAGGACGUUGCAGAGACAUCACCGUCACAUUAAUUAUAUAUUGGCAUUGCAUCUCUCAAGCAUCAGAUCACCCUUUAACCUUUUUCCUUUGCCAUGCACCCUUUGUUUCCCUCAGUUUGCACCUUCUCUUGCUUGCUUAUUUCAACUAUCCCAUGCCUCAUUUCUCAAGUUUGCCUAUAUUCUUCCUUCUCUCUUUGAUCCAAGAAAGCUAUGAUUCUUCAGGAUUUUAUUAUAUAUAAAAAUAUAAAAAGUUUAAGUAAUGAAAUUCCUCUUCAAAGGAACAGAGAAGGAGCUGCCCUUGUUUAAUAAAUCUUAAGGAAACACCUGUAAUCCAAGCACAAGCCGCGACCUGCAGCAAUGAAUGCUAGAAGCUGGCACCUCGUAUUAUUCUCCUUAUGUUUUUUCUUUGGUUCAGGUCUAGGAACAACCAAAAUAUUAAUAAAUGGCAAAAAACAGGAAAUCUUCUCAUCAUCGGAAUUGGGUACUCAAUUAGAUGAUGUUCCUAUCGUCAAUCCCACAACUCCUGACACAGGAAAUCCAUAUAUGGGAAACCCUAACAUUCCUCAAACACCUGACACAUCAGGGCCAAACCCAACAACCCCAACCACAAAUCCAACAACCCCAACCACAACGCCCACAACCCCAACUACAACACCCACAACCCCGACUACUACAUCCUCAGGUGGUCAAUGGUGUGUUGCUAACCAGGGAGCUUCAGACACUGCUCUACAGGUUGCUCUUGACUAUGCUUGUGGGUUUGGAGGUGCAGACUGCUCAGCAAUACAACCAGGAGCAAGCUGUUAUAAUCCGAACACUGUCCGCGAUCAUGCUUCUUAUGCAUUCAAUGACUACUACCAGAAGAAUCCAGCACCUACCAGCUGUGUAUUUGGAGGAACAGCAUCUCUUACAAGCGAUGAUCCAAGUAGUGGGAGUUGCAAAUACGCAUCACCCAAGUCAACAAGCACUAAUCAGCCACCACCAACACCAACAUUUGUCAGCCCACCAAGUCCACCAACUCCAGUGAUGACCCCAACUCCACCAGACAUGCUAAAUCCUGGUGGCGGAUCAACUGUCUUUGGUUCAGAACCAACAGGAAGCCCCAACACAGCCACAUUUGCAUUUAAUUCCCUGCUGAUGUUGUUCACAUGUGGUCUGUUGGCUUCCCUUCAACUAGCAAAUUACAUCUAGACGAUAAACAAGGUCCAGUCAUUCUUUAUGUGAUGUGUUCGAAUUCAAUCAGUCUUCCAGCAGUUUUUGCAAAAUUUCAAGGAGUCAGAGUCAACAAAUCUUGCAAUUAAAAUUACUUAUACCUUUCAUCUAUGUAUGGCUGUUAGUUGAUCAAGCCAAAAAGGAUUUAUAGGUAGUAGACAGUUUUUCUACAGUAUUAGCUUCUCUUCCAUAGAAAAUCCUUGUAAUUAAUAUCAGCUAGCAUGCCAUUUUAUUUAAUAAACAGAAUAAAAUACAUUAAAGAACUUAAAAUCA